AUGAGCCUCGAUAGCCAGGCCUCGCAGGAUGUGCUGCGGUCCAGGCCCGGGAACCGCGUCUCCCCUCCCGACUACGACGGAAACGAAGGCAUGGCGACGUGCUCCCAGGCCGAGGCCCUCGGCACCCAGGACUACAUCACUCCCGUGGAUCAGUUCGGCACGGAAGCGGAUGCCGCGCCGGGGGCCCGCGUGGCCCGAUCGCCGGCCCAGCUGUCUCCGAAUAGAAUGAAACGUGCUCGAAGAGCCGGCACGGGGACCCCACCCCGGCAGCCCGGGCCGGGCGCGGGUCAGCGCCUGGUGCGGGUGCGCUCGCCGCCCUGCUACCGCUGCAUCUUCCGCGACGCGGACGCUGAGGAGGGCAUGUCUGCCUGGAGCUCCAAGAGGGACGCGGCCUCCUUCCCCACCUCCCGCAUGCGCCUGGACUUCAAGGAGCUGGGCCUGCUGGGCCAGGGCAACUACAGCAAGGUGUUCCGCGUGCGCCACCGCCUGGACGGGCGCGAGUACGCGCUGAAGCGCAGCGCCCGCGAGACGCGCCCCGACUCCCCCGACUUCGCGCAGUACCUGCAGGAGGUGCAGGUGCUGGCGCACACGCCGCCCCACCCCGGCCUGGUGCGCUACCACGGCGCGUGGGUGGAGCCGGUGUCCCCCGCCGGCCUCCACACCUACCUGCUGCUGGAGCGCUGCGACGUGAGCCUGGGCACGCACCUGGCCCUCUCCGGCGAGCGCCCCGCGCCGGCCGAGCUGGCGCGCCUCGUCCGCGCGCUGGCCGGCGCGCUGGCCCACCUGCACGCGCACGGCGUGGCGCACCUGGACCUGAAGCCCGACAACGGCGACGGGCGUUACAUGGCCCCCGAGCUGAUGAACGCCGACCACCGCGACCUCCCCGCCGCCGACAUGUUUGCGCUGGGGGCCACCGCGCUGCAGCUGGCCAGCGGGGAGGACCUGCCGCGGGGGGGGGCGGCCUACGCCGCGCUGCGCGCCGGGAAGCUGCCCCUGCUGCCGGCCUUGCCCGUCGGCCUGGCGCGCCUCAUCAAGUGGGUGGGGGUGUCUCGGCGCUGA